AUGUCUCCCUCUCACAACCAAGCCACCACCCAAGAAUACGAACCCGGAGAUCACGUCCAGUACCAAGCUAUUGGCGGUGGAAACGCUUCCAACUCGACUACCACCGGUGAGGUCGUCGAGGUCGUCGAGAGCAAAAGACCUGCUGGCGAAACGGGAGUCAAAGUCAACGCUUCCAAGGACGAUCCGCGCUACGUUAUUCGUAACGACAACACCGAUAAGGAAACGGCCUACAAGUCCAGCAACAUCGAGGGAUUGGUCGACGAGUAG